AGUUGUGAAGGAAGCACACUUUGCGAGAGGUCCGGCAUACGCACGCCAUUGUAUGAAUUAGUAAAAUUGCAGCACUUUUUACAGAGGCGAAGGGUCUUUUCUUCGUGGGCGAGUUUAGCAGUGAGCUGUUAAACUCACAGAACGCCGUUUUAAAAACAGAAAGGUUAUUUUAUUUCAGUUAGACAUGGCGACGGACUCGUGGGCGCUGGCAGUGGACGAGCAAGAAGCCGCGGCGGAGUCGAUAAGCAACCUUCAGCUAAAUGAAAAAGAAGACAAACCAAAAUCAGAGGAAAAUGGUGCUAAGACAGAGGGAGAACAGAAGACAGAAGAUGAUGACAAAGAGGACAAAGCAGCCCAGUCACUACUGAACAAGUUGAUACGAAGCAAUCUAGUGAACACAACAAAUCAAGUGGAGGUUCUCCAGAGGGAUCCAAACUCACCACUCUACUCAGUCAAAUCAUUUGAGGAGCUGCGAUUGAAACCUCCGCUUCUUCAAGGUGUUUAUGCCAUGGGCUUCAACAGACCCUCCAAAAUUCAGGAGAAUGCUCUGCCCAUGAUGCUUGCAGAACCCCCACAGAAUCUUAUAGCUCAGUCUCAGUCAGGCACGGGUAAAACUGCAGCCUUUGUCCUGGCAAUGCUCAGUCACGUGGAUCCCAGCAACAAAUGGCCUCAGUGUCUGUGUGUGUCGCCUACAUAUGAGCUUGCCCUCCAGACAGGCAAGGUCAUCGAGCAGAUGGGCAAAUUUUACCCUGAAGUCAAAUUAAUGUAUGCAAUCAGAGGAAACAAAUUGGAGAGGGGGAUGAAGCUCCAGGAGCAGAUUGUGAUUGGCACCCCCGGCACAGUCCUGGACUGGUGCCAGAAGCUCAAGUUCAUCGACCCCAAGAAAAUCAAAGUGUUUGUGCUGGAUGAGGCAGACGUUAUGAUUGCCACACAGGGUCACCUAGACCAGAGCAUCCGCAUCCAGAGGAUGUUGCCCAAAACCUGCCAGAUGCUCCUGUUUUCAGCCACGUUUGAGGAGACUGUGUGGAACUUUGCUAAGCGCAUCAUUCCUGAUCCUAACAUCAUUAAGCUGAAACGUGAGGAGGAAACGCUUGACACAAUUAAGCAGUACUACGUGGUCUGCAACAGCAAGGAGGAGAAGUUCCAGGCUCUCUGCAACAUCUAUGGGGCCAUCACCAUUGCACAGGCCAUGAUCUUCUGCCAUACCAGGAGAACAGCAGGCUGGCUGGCGGGAGAACUGUCUAAGGAAGGCCACCAGGUAGCAUUACUCAGUGGAGAGAUGCAGGUAGAGCAGAGGGCAGCUGUUAUUCAGCGUUUCCGUGAAGGCAAAGAGAAAGUACUGGUUACCACAAACGUCUGUGCAAGAGGUAUCGAUGUGGAGCAAGUUUCUGUGGUCAUUAAUUUUGAUUUGCCGGUGGACAAAGAUGGAAACCCUGACAACGAGACUUACUUGCACCGGAUUGGGCGCACAGGGCGAUUUGGCAAAAGAGGGCUGGCUAUCAACAUGGUGGACAGCAAGUUCAGCAUGAACAUUCUCAAUCGCAUCCAGGAGCACUUCAAUAAGAAAAUCGAGAAGCUGGACACAGAUGAUUUGGAUGAAAUUGAGAAAAUCGCCAACUGAGAAGAGGAGAACCGUCUUCUCGUCCAGCAGCACUGUGUGUUCUCGCAGUGGUUUUUAAUUUGUAAGCUGAGAGCAGAAUUAUGCCACGGAGGACGUUUUGUAGGGAAUGUAGAAAUGUCUUCUCAGAUGGUGUCUAUAGGUUUUAACAUUUUAAUCCCGUUUCGCUCUUUGUACUUCUAAAUAAAAUCCAAAUGUGUAGUCUUUUUGUUGCGCGUGAGUGAGUGAAUGCCACGUGUAGGCUGCUAGUGGAUUAUAUGCUUGCUCAUAUAGAGGGCAUGCCUUUGACCUGCAUCAUCGCUGUUACUGCACCAUCUGGUAAAUUUAAUAGGAAACAGUCACUGUUCAGUUUUCUGCUGUUUUAUUUUGGGUAUGGGACUUUUGAUUAUGGACAUUGGAGAAAAUUGAAAAGUGCUCAAUUUUUAUUAUUGGUGGCAUUAGCCUCCACAGUAUGCAGUGUUCACUGUCUAGUGCUUCUAUAGACAUAAGUGCAUUUUUAUAUUUUGACUAUGUACUUCUAUGUACUAAUAUAUUUUUUUGAGCUCUGGAUGCAACAUUUGAAACAAAGAAACCCUCCAACUGAGGGGAUGAGGUACUGAUUGUCUUCAGUCAUUUGAAAACACUACUGUUGUAGUUAAGGAUUAAAAUUAAAGUUAUUGCGAUUAUAUUGCUCAAUACCUCAGACAUCAGUGAUGAUGGGAGUGGUAGCUAUUAUUGGCUUUGAAUCCUUGCAAAUGAAGUUGCCAAAGUUUUAGGUGCAUUUUAAAAAAAAAAGAAAUGCUUGAGUAGCCAAAGACUUGUGCCUGUACUGCUUUUACCAGUACAUCCAAUUCAAUUUGAUGUGGAAUCAAUUAUGUGUAGGGAUUGUUAUUAAAGGGAUUGUACUUUAAAAGCAAUAUCGGAUUUCAAGAAGUACAAAGAGUGAAAAAGGUUAGAAUUGGCAGGUGCUUUUCAAGUGGAAAUUAAGGAAUAAAUCUAGUAGUGGCACAGUUCAUAGUGUUACACAGCAGUGUACAAGCAAAAGAUUUUGCAUCAAGGAGUAAAAUGACUGCAACGGCGGUCAUAUUAACGUGUUAAAAUGUGCUUAUAGCCUGUGAAUGCAUCCUCUGAGCAAUCAGAUCAGGAUAGUAAUAGCAAAUUAUAUUUUGAGACAUUACUUUAUCACUUUCAGUUGAAGAUGCAUUUAAAUUAUUUUAUUUACAGGAAAUUAGUGCUUGAAACAUGCUCAUGGAACAAGCCCUGCACUUCCCUUGAAUGGGAAUUCCAUCUUUUUUUCAAAAUUAAUUUGAUUUUUAUAAUUUCUGUUGUACACAAUCAUUCAGAGGAAUGAGGUGAAAUGGUUCAAUUUCUUUACAUUGGUGGUUAUAGGAACAAGGUGUCAAUGUCUGCAACACAAUCUAACAAUUACGAUCUAAAACCACCAGUGAACUUGUAUGCAUCUGACUUUUUAUAUUUAAUGUGUAUCUUGGUAAAUAUUUUGCCUUGCAAACCCCAUGUACCUCUUAGCCAUGGAUACAUUUUAAAAAUAGGUUUCAGGCCAAAAUCUCACAUUCAAACGGUCAUAAAAACAGGCAUCAAUCAGCAUAUUUGAAACCAUUUUGUACAACAACUUUGCAAGAAAGCUUUUAGAUGCAUUAAAAGCUUCAGACGUCUGGUUCCUGUUCCACCACUGUGAACAUGUCUGACUGGGUAUGCUUCUCUAUAGUGGAGCAUUUUACAUAUUAGUGUUUUAAAUAUACAGAAUUUUUUUAAAAAUUGGUGGAAUUCCCCUUUCAUGUAAAAAUGAUUUUCACUUUUUGGUUUGCUUCAAGUUGUUACUUUUUUAUAGUAGUUUUUUAUUUUGAGCAUUAUGUGCAAAAUGUUUUUUAAAAAAAUGCAAAAACAAAGUCUACCAUCAGAUCAAUCCUCAGUUAAAUGUUGCACAAUAAAUCUUUGGUGUUGGAAGAAACAUUCCUGUGAAGCCAUUGCUCAGACUGUAGACUUAGGUGCUUAAAUCCAGUCUUUUUCAUGUCCUUCCUGAUCAGAAUCAUGCGUUUACAUGAACUACUGUGCAACAGUUUACCUAGGAGCAUACAAAAAGUGCUCCAAACUGGAAUUAAGAGAUCCAAUUCCUCAUUUUUAGACUUCGAGGAUGAGAUCAGAUACUUAUCAGGUUUGACUGCCUAUCUAAUCAUAGCCAUAGGUGUUGCGUUUCUGUGUGAACAUACUUUUUGUACUACAUUUCUGAGGUGCAUUGCAGUUUUUGUUGCAUAUAUUCAACUAACCUCAUUUCAGAUGCUUCAUCAGCUAUUAUAUAGAUUUAGCUCUCUCCUGUUCCUUGCAGUGGCACAGCAGGACUCAAGCAUUUUUAUCUGGUAAAUGGAAGAAUUGUUAUUGUGAGUUAUGUACACGGCACUGCAUUUUCAAAUAUGAAUUGACUAAGUUGAAUGUCAAAUGACAAAACCAAUAUGUAUCACUCCAAAAUUAUCUUGUAUUAUGACAUACAACCUGUGUGUUUUGAGUGGGACAGUGGCUUUACUGAAUGUAUUAUAGACUUAUACACAUGAAAGGGUGAUGUGGUUGCACUGCAGUAUGUUGUAUGCUUCUUGUUAACAGUUACAUUGCAACCAGUACAUAGAAUACAGCAACACACAGGGUUAUUUGUGUUGAUUUGUCUGAAUGAUCCUGUAUUGUUAGAAUAAAAUUUAAGAACUCUUC